CCCCAUACCUCCCGUCUGCGUUUGUCCAAACAAACUGAACUGACAUCUAGUCAAUCCUUUUUUUUCCCUCGUAGUCAUUUUGACUAAUUACCACAUCCGACCGCCACAAGGCGCCCUCCCUGCGAUCGAUCAACCGGCCGAUCCUCUUGCCUGCGAUUUUUAUUACUGCUUCCUGAUGGUUUGGCGUUGCCAUCACGGAAUGCGAUGAAUAAUAUUGGCACGCCGCUCGUGGGUGCUGGGGGUUACCCACAGACACCAGCCGCUGUCAGAGCACUACAGAAUCAGCGUCAAGCUCAAGAUGCUAGACCGAGGCAACCGCUGCCAGUUGCUCCAGAGAACCAUCCGAAUCUCGCACCGACUAGCCAACCCGUCAUACCUCUAACUCUCAUCGACGCACCAACUCAACGUUUCUAUGCUUGCGCCGUUUACGUUGCCUUAUUAGCAUGGCGGUUCUACGACUGGGUACAGAUGCUAGAAGAUAAUGGCGGAUCUUUCUACUUCUUCUGCAAAUGGAUCCUUUUCGAUUUCAUUUUCUUCUUCUCCCUGCCUUCGUUGCGGAUACCAUGGCUAGAACUCUCUGCGCCGUCCACUUCUAUGAUAUUCUUCGCGCAUAUGGUGUUUAACUGGCUUUUGAUGUUUAAUAUCCCCGUACCUUGGCAUGGAUGGCUUCUGGGACUCGUCAAGAUCUUCUAUGACAAGGAACUUGCUAUUUCAGAGCACAAUGUUAAGGUCUCGAGCAUUUUGCACAACUCGUCCCUUAUCAUGGGCAAGCAGAUCAUUAAUAUCCUUCCCGAAGGUUCUGCUCUUCUUAACCCCGAAAAGCAGCCCUACUGCCUAGGCCAAGGACAGAAUAUCGCAAGUGUACCUAUCUACUUUAACGCCACCGUGCCUGUCGAUGUCGAACUUAUUCGCUUUGAUCUAGAAUCAGACAACCAAGAAGUAGUGAAGCUCAGCCGCAAAGAAAUCAAGGAGAUCGGCAAGCAAUCCGCGAGGUCAAUCGAAGAUGGAUCGUUGGGGAUUUACAGAUACGAUAUUACCUUGAAGAAACCCGGCGUCUACCAGCUAAAUAGGGUUCUCGAUGAGUAUAAGCUCGAGGUUCAGAGAAUCACCGAGCCUACAUACAUCGUUCCUUGCCCCAGGGCCAAGGUCCGGACGGCACAAUCGUCAACAAAGUGUCUUGGCGAACUAUCUAACUUGUCACUUGACGUUUACGGAACACCGCCUAUGAAGAUAGUUUACAGUCGGACAAUCAAUGGCAAAGACCACAGCUUCCAUUUCCAGAGCCUGCAACCUGAUGGAUUCACGUCACCUUUGAUUGGUCCUCAACGAUCAUCCGGCAUAAUGCCUUUGGGCGAAGAGGACUAUAGUUGGGCCAGGCCCCGGACGGUCGAGGUCGGCCUGAAUGAAUCGAUGACUACCCAGGGAGAAUGGCAAUACUCUAUCGAUGAGGUUCAUGACGUUUUUGGAAAUGUCAUCCAGUAUCCCCAGCCUGAGGACCCGGAUGCGAAGCCUAAACCGAAGCAUCUGUACCAGAACUUCGAAGUCAGGGAACGCCCUAGAGCUACCAUCGUGGGCUGUGACCUUCGCCAUCCGCUUAAAGUUGCAAAAGGAAAAACAGCAAAACUUCCUAUUGAGAUCGGACGUCCGGGUCAGACUCCGCCAAGCGCCUCGCAUACUUUAACCUGGCACUUCUCCCCGAUUAACACGCUUACAAAGAGUGGUGAUCACGGAGAUGUCGUUGAGGUUGGUUCUUUCACCGCUAAGAGUGCGAGCGACCAGCCUACAAUUUCUGCGCCGGGAUUGUACACCCUCAAGUCCGUGUCUUGUGACUCUUGCGAAGGAGAGAUCGAGGAACCAUCAUCUUGCCUGCUGCUUAACCCUCUUGAGCCUACGUUGACCAUCUCAUCCGAGGAGAUCCCAGAUAAAUGCGCCGGCAACUCUAUUGGACUUCGUGUCAAUCUGGAUAUGAUCGGAACGCCUCCGUUUAGGAUCGCAUACACCGUCAGCAGCGAUACUGAACAGAAUAGGAGGGAGACGGUCGAGAUCAAGGGUCUUCGGCAACAGAUUGACCUGCUUCCAAGGAAUGCCGGGCGCUAUCAAUAUCGGUUCAGGAGACUCGAAGAUGCUAUCUAUAGCGUGCCUUUACCUUUAUCGGACGAGUACUACCUGGAACAGAAUGUCAAGCCGCCCGCAACAGCGUACUUCAGACAAGGACCUCGCACUAUUAACGCUUGCCUUGACCAGCCAGUCAAACUGGAUGUCAAUCUUCUCGGGGAUGGUCCUUUCACUCUAGAAUGGGAACUGAUUCACGAAGGCAAAAGAAAGUCUGAAAAAGCAACCGGCAUCACCACCGAUACCUUUACUAUAGAGACCGCUCCCUUAUCCACCGGUGGAGAGUAUACUCUGGCCUUGAAGAGCAUCCAGGAUAAGACCGGAUGUCGUAUCUUUCUCAAGGAAGAGUAUAAGAUCUCGGUACGACGCCAACGGCCACGUGCUGCGUUUGGUCUUCUCGAGGGUAAAGCCUCAACUACAGUUGUUGAGGCUGCCCCUGUCAACCUUCCUCUGAAGCUUUCCGGUGACGGACCCUGGAGAGUGGGAUACCGGAACUUGAACAGCAGUUCUAGCGAAAGGCUUAUUCGUGUUGCACGGUCUGGCAAUGACUAUAUCGAAGCAAAGGAGCUAGGCACAUAUGAGAUUAUCGAUGUGAUGGAUGAUCAGUGUCCCGGGACUAUCAAUCCCAAAGCUAAGACCUUUGAAGUUAAAUGGUUCCCGCGCCCCGAAUUGUCAUUUAUGCCGAGCGAUGCCAUCGAGCCGAUCGAAAAGGACAAUAAGUUCGUCAAGAAAGACGUCUGUGAAGGCGACGUCGACGGAUUUGAAGUCGCCCUCAAAGGUUCUCCUCCGUACCACGUCGAGUAUGAAGUCAGACAUAAACCCAAGUCGGGUGGAGUUUCUAUCACUCGAAAAGAAUUCGAUGCUGCCCUUGGAAAAGCAGCCAUCUCACUAGACACGACCAAGGCUGGAUUAUACACCUACACGUUCUCCGGUCUAUCGGACAAUCUCUACAACGAUAAGAAACAUUCUGAGCCCCUAACGCUAGAGCAGACUGUUAAUGCCAAGCCAUCUGCUUCUUUUGUUAAACCUGGCCAGACAAUCAAAAUGUGUAUGUCUGACGAUGGACCGAACGAAACGAUUCCUAUCAAACUGGAAGGCAAGGCGCCGUUCUAUGUCGAGGUUGAAAUCAAGCAGCAUUCCGGAAAUCUACCCGAGAUUUUCAGAAUUCCCAACAUCCAGACCAACAAUUACGGAAUUCAAAUUCCCAGACAGUACCUGAAACUUGGAGGUCAGCAGAUCAGAAUCCGCAAGGUACGCGAUGAUCGUGGCUGUCAGCAGAAGACGGAGAGCGGUGGCGGUGUGGUUCAUAUUCAACUCUAUGAAGCCCCGUCUAUCUACCCACUUGAACAACGAACCGAUUACUGCGUUGGCGAGCGCAUUGCAUACACCCUGUCAGGCACGCCUCCGUUCGAGGUGCAUUACGAGUUUGCAGGAAAGCAAAUGAAGGCCAAAUCCCAAACGACCAACUUCCGCCGUAUUGCCGAAUCUCCCGGUGACUUUACGAUUACCAGCAUCAGCGAUAAAGGUAGUGAAUGUCGCGCUGCUGUUAAUCUAGCUAAGUCCAUCCAUCCCAUGCCGAGCGUUAGGAUUAGCAAGGGUCGUGUUAUCCAGGUAGACAUACACGAAGGAAGCGAGGUCGAAAUCCUAUUUGAGUUCUGGGGCACGCCACCCUUCGAAUUCACGUAUACCCGUAGUACCAACGCAAGAAAGGGACAGAAGAGUCAAAUUCUAGAGACACGCCACGAUAUCAGCUACGAGCAUAGCAAGGUGAUUACAGCGAGCCUGGAAGGCACGUAUGAAGUCGUGGCAAUCAAGGACCAGCACUGUGCCUUCUCGACGAUAGGUCCGGAGGGGAGGGACAAGGGGCAGAAGUCACUGAAGUAUUAAGGGAGUUUCCUAUCUUGGGGGGAUGAUUGGCGUGGAUGUGGAUUUGGGCGCUACCGAGUUGGCGUACGAAUGAAAAAGAAAUUUGGACACAGACGCGGGAACGAACUGAUCCACGAGAACGCAUGAGUGGACGUAAUGUAGAACGGCGAAGGAUGUGUGCCGAUGAGGAUGGGCUAUGUGUGAGCCCUCUGGCAUUGCAUGAGCAUGGCGUUUUGGUAGGAUAACCAGCUUUCACCGCUGAUGGAUUGCGGCAGCAAGCAAAUGCAAACCAAAUAAAUGUUUUUCCUCUUGUAAGUUCAUGAGCAGAUUAUCUGGAUUUGA